GCGCCGGGCGGGCCGUUUGCUGACCGGAUCGCGGCUGCCCGCCAGGGUGUCCGCGGCGCCGCCGCCGCCUCCAGAAUGGGCUGCGCCCCGAGCAUCCACAUUUCCGACAACCGAUCGGCGAACCACAGCGUCGGCGACGACGAGGGCGCACCGGGCCCCGCGCCGAGGUCUAGACAGCGAAGGUGGACCGCGCCGGGGCUCGCGGAGCCUCAGCCUCGCGACGGCAGCGCCGCGAAGGUAUCAGUAGCCGAUGUACAAUUUGGCCCAAUGAGAUUUCAUCAAGACCAACUUCAGGUACUUUUAGUGUUUACCAAAGAAGAUAACCAGUGUAAUGGAUUCUACAGGGCGUGUGAAAAGGCUGGGUUUAAGUGCACAGUCACCAAGGAGGUGCAGGCUGUCCUUGCCUGUUUCCAGGACAAACUCCAUGACAUCAUCAUCAUCGACCACAGAAAUCCCCGACAGCUGGAUGCAGAGGCUCUGUGCAGGUCUAUCAGAUCAUCAAAACUCUCAGAAAACACAGUUAUUGUUGGUGUAGUACACAGGGUGGACAGAGAGGAGGUGUCCUUAAUGCCCUUCAUUGCUGCUGGAUUCACGAGGAGGUAUAUAGAAAACCCCAACGUCAUGGCCUGUUACAAUGAACUGCUCCAGCUGGCAUUUGGAGAGGUGCGAUCACAGCUGAAACUCAGGGCUUGUAACUCAGUAUUCACUGCAUUAGAGAAAAGCCAAGAAGCAAUUGAAAUUACAAGUGAAGACCACAUUAUACAGUAUGCAAACCCUGCAUUUGAAACAACAAUGGGUUAUCAGUCAGGCGAAUUAAUAGGGAAGGAGUUAGCACAAGUGCCCAUAAAUGAAAAGAAAGGUGACUUACUCGAUGCCAUAAACUCGUGUAUCACGAUAGGUAAGGAGUGGCAAGGAGUUUACCAUACCCAGACGAAGAAUGGGGACAAUAUACAACAAAAUGUGAAGAUCGUGCCUGUCGUUGGGCAGGGAGGAAAAAUCAGACACUAUGUGUCCAUUAUCAGAGUGUGCAAUGGCAACAGUAAGGUUGAGAGCAUAACUGAGUGUGUUCAGACUGACAGUCAAACAGAUAAUCAGGCAGGCAAGCAUAAAGACAGGAGGAAAAAUUCGAUGGACCCCAAAGCAGUUUCCUCUAGAAGUGAAGUUUCCAAUCAGAGAAGACAUUCCUCUUUGGCCCGGAUACAUUCUAUGAUGAUUGAGGCACCCAUCACUAAGGUAAUCAAUAUUAUCAGCGAUGCCCAGGAAAACAGUCCCAUGCCUGUGACAGAAGCCUUGAAUCGUGUGCUGGAGAUUCUGAGAACUACUGAGCUAUAUUCACCACAGUUUAAUGCAGAGGAUGAUCCUCAUGCCACCGACCUCGUUGGGGGAUUAAUGUCUGAUGGCUUACGAAGGUUUUCAGGAAAUGAAUAUGUUCUUACAACAACAAAAAACCUUCAGUCAUCGUCAAGCAAUGUGGCCACCUCCAUCUCCCUCCAUGAUGUCCCACCACGGAUCGCCAUGGCCAUAGAAAAUGAAGAACUCUGGGACUUUGACAUUUUUGAGCUAGAAGCAGCUACCCAUAAGAGGCCUUUGAUUUAUCUGGGUCUCAAAACGUUUGCUCGUUUUGGAAUCUGCCAAUUCCUGCAGUGCUCUGAGGCAACCCUGAGAGCAUGGUUUCAAACCAUCGAAGCCAGUUACCGCUCUUCUAACCCCUACCACAACUCCACACACUCCGCAGACGUGCUCCACGCCACUGCCUACUUCCUCUCCAGAGACAAGAUGAAGGAAACUUUAGAUCCAAUUGACGAGGUUGCCGCCCUCAUCGCAGCCGCCAUUCACGAUGUGGAUCACCCUGGGCGAACCAGCUCAUUCCUUUGCAACUCGGGAAGCCAGCUGGCAGUGCUGUACAAUGACCUUGCUGUGCUGGAGAGCCACCAUGCAGCGCUGGCCUUCCAGCUGACCCUUGAAAAUGACAAAUGUAACAUCUUCAAAAACAUGGAGAGGGGUGACUACCGAACACUGCGCCAGGCUAUCAUCGACAUGGUCCUAGCCACGGAGAUGACAAAGCACUUCGAACAUGUCAACAAAUUCAUCAACAGCUUCAAUAAGCCUUUGACAGUACAAGAAAAUGAGGAAACUGUCAGAAACCAGCAAGACAUAAACACUGUGCUCAAGACCCCAGAGAACCGGGCUCUCAUCAAACGAAUGAUGAUUAAGUGUGCCGAUGUGUCCAACCCCUGCCGCCCUCUAGAGCACUGCAUCGAGUGGGCUGCACGUAUUUCAGAAGAGUAUUUUUGUCAGACUGAUGAAGAGAAAAGGCUGGACUUGCCUGUGAUGAUGCCAGUUUUCGACAGAAACACCUGCAGCAUUCCCAAGUCUCAGAUCUCUUUCAUUGAUUACUUCAUCACAGACAUGUAUGAUGCUUGGGAUGCCUUUGUUGACCUGCCUGACCUUAUGCAGCACCUAGACACCAACUUCAAGUACUGGAAAGGACUGGAUGAGAGGAAGCUGCGCAGCCUCCGUCCCCCCCCAGAAUAGUGUGAGGUCCACAGC